AGCUUUUCCUCGUGGACUGCCAGGGCCGCCUCCUGUCCUCCUCCCCACUGCCCUCACCUGCCCGGCAGGUCGGGCAAGUGAGUGACUCACACACCUGGGCCCUGUGUGGACCCAGCCCGGGAGCCAGCCUACUCACCCUCUGGGCUCCUGCCUGCCCUGCCAGCUACUUCAACCAACAGACAGGACCCUUCCCAGUCCAAAGGGGCUGCCCCUGCCACUUGUGCUCCCUUCCCGGAGGACUGCGAUUGGACUGCACAGGAUUCAGGCGUGCGGCUGGGACGGUGCUGCUCUGAGCUGGACCUUGUCUGAUGGCUUCCUCCAACUCUCCUCCACAGCCUGCCAUAGGAGAUCAGCUGGUUCCAGGAGCCCCAGGCCCCUCCUCCGAGGCAGAGGACGACCCAGGAGAUGCCUUUGAGUUUGACGAUAGUGAUGAUGAAGAGGACACGAGCACAGGCUUGGGCGUCCCCAGCCUUGCUCCCAAGAGGGACGCAGACCCCCCACUGAUACACUUUGACUCCAGCCCUGUCACUGACCCAGAUCCAGUGGCUGCGCCACCCAGCACAGAGGUGCCAGCCUGGGUGAGCAAUGGGGAUGCUGUGGACACAGCCUUCUCCGGGGCCCAGUGCUCCAGCUGGAAGCGGAAGAGUUCCCGUCGCAUUGACCGGUUCACUUUCCCUGCCCUGGAAGAAGAUGUGAUUUAUGACGACGUCCCCUGUGAGAGCCCAGAUGCCCAUCAGCCUGCAGGGGCAGAGAGGAGCCUGUUCUACGAGGAUGCGCACCGGACUGGGGCGCCUCGGCAGGCGGAGGACCUAGGCUGGAGCUCCAGUGAGUUCGAGAGCUACAGCGAGGACUCCGGGGAAGAGGCCAAGCCGGAGGUCGAGCCCGCCAAGCACCGAGUGUCCUUCCAGCCCAAGCUUUCUCCAGACCUGACUAGGCUAAAGGAGAGAUACGCCAGGACUAAGAGAGACAUCUUGGCUUUGAGAGUUGGGGGGAGAGACAUGCAGGAGCUGAAGCACAAGUACGAUUGUAAGAUGACCCAGCUCAUGAAGGCCGCCAAGAGCGGGACCAAGGAUGGGCUGGAGAAGACGCGGAUGGCCGUCAUGCGCAAAGUCUCCUUCCUGCACAGGAAGGACGUCCUCGGUGACUCGGAGGAGGAGGACAUGGGGCUCCUAGAGGUCAGCGUUUCGGACAUCAAGCCCCCAGCCCCAGAGCUGGGCCCCAUGCCAGACGGCCUGAGCCCUCAGCAGGUGGUCCGGAGGCAUAUCCUGGGCUCCAUCGUGCAGAGCGAAGGCAGCUACGUGGAGUCCCUGAAGCGGAUACUCCAGGACUACCGUAACCCCCUGAUGGAGAUGGAGCCCAAGGCGCUGAGCGCCCGAAAGUGCCAGGUGGUGUUCUUCCGUGUGAAGGAGAUCCUGCACUGCCACUCCAUGUUCCAGAUCGCUCUGUCCUCCCGUGUGGCUGAGUGGGAUUCCACCGAGAAGAUCGGGGACCUCUUUGUGGCCUCGUUCUCCAAGUCCAUGGUGCUAGAUGUGUACAGUGACUACGUGAACAACUUCACCAGCGCCAUGUCCAUCAUCAAGAAGGCCUGCCUCACCAAGCCUGCCUUCCUCGAGUUCCUCAAGCGACGGCAGGUGUGCAGCCCAGACCGUGUCACCCUCUACGGACUGAUGGUCAAGCCCAUCCAGAGGUUCCCACAGUUCAUCCUCCUGCUUCAGGACAUGCUGAAGAACACCCCCAGGGGCCACCCUGACAGGCUGUCACUCCAGCUGGCCCUCACGGAGCUGGAGACGCUGGCCGAGAAGCUGAACGAGCAGAAACGGCUGGCUGACCAGGUGGCCGAGAUCCAGCAGCUGACCAAGAGCGUCAGUGACCGCAGCAGCCUCAACAAGCUGUUGACCUCGGGCCAGCGGCAGCUGCUUCUGUGUGAGACGUUGACAGAGACCGUGUACGGUGACCGUGGGCAGCUGAUCAAGUCCAAGGAGCGUCGGGUCUUCCUGCUCAAUGACAUGCUUGUCUGCGCCAACAUCAACUUCAAGCCUGCCAACCACAGGGGCCAGCUGGAGAUCAGCAGCCUGGUGCCCCUGGGGCCCAAGUAUGUGGUGAAGUGGAACACGGCACUGCCUCAGGUGCAGGUGGUGGAGGUGGGCCAGGACGGUGGCACCUAUGACAAGGACAACGUGCUCAUCCAGCACGCAGGCGCCAAGAAGGCCCCCACCUCAGGGCAGGCCCACAAUAAAGUGUACCUCGGCCCCCCGCGCCUCUUCCAGGAGCUUCAGGACCUGCAGAAGGACCUGGCCGUGGUGGAGCAAAUCACGCUUCUCAUCAGCACACUGCAUGGCACCUACCAGAACCUGAACAUGACUGUGGCUCAAGACUGGUGCCUGGCCCUGCAGAGGCUGAUGCGGGUGAAGGAGGAAGAGAUCCAUUCGGCUAACAAGUGCCGCCUCAGGCUCCUGCUCCCUGGGAAACCCGACAAGUCUGGCCGCCCCAUCAGCUUCAUGGUGGUUUUCAUCACCCCCAACCCCCUGAGCAAGAUUUCCUGGGUCAACAGGUUACAUUUGGCCAAAAUUGGACUCCGGGAGGAGAACCAGCCAGGCUGGCUAUGCCCAGAUGAGGACAAGAAGAGCAAAGCCCCGUUCUGGUGCCCGAUCCUGGCCUGCUGCACCCCUGCCUUCUCCUCCCGGGCACUCAGCCUGCAGCUUGGGGGCCUGGUCCACAGUCCUGUCAACUGUCCCCUGCUGGGCUUCUCAGCAGUCAGCACCUCCCUUCCACAGGGCUACCUCUGGGUUGGGGGCAGACAGGAAGGCGCAGGGGGCCAGGUGGAAAUCUUCUCCCUGAACCGGCCCUCGCCCCGCACCGUCAAGUCCUUCCCACUGGCAUCCCCUGUGCUCUGCAUGGAGUACAUCCCAGAGCCGGAGGAGGAGGAGGCAGAGAGCAGAGAUGAGAGCCAGACAGCUGCUGACCCCUCGGCCACAGUGCACCCAACCAUCUGCCUUGGGCUCCAGGAUGGCAGCAUCCUGCUUUAUGGCAGUGUGGACACUGGUACCCAGUGCCUGGCGACCUGCAGGAGUCCAGGUCUGCAGCCCGUGCUCUGCCUGCGUCAUAGCCCCUUCCACCUGCUCGCUGGCCUGCAGGAUGGGACCCUCGCUGCCUACCCUCGGACCAGCGGAGGUGUCCUGUGGGACCUGGAAAGCCCUCCCGUGUGCCUGACUGUGGGGCCCGGGCCUAUCCGUACCCUGCUGAGCCUGGAGGAUGCUGUGUGGGCCAGCUGUGGGCCCCGGGUCACUGUCCUGGAAGCUACCACCCUGCAGCCUCAGCAAAGCUUCGAGGCCCACCAGGAUGAGGCAGUGAGCGUGACGCACAUGGUGAAGGCGGGCAGUGGCGUCUGGAUGGCCUUCUCCUCCGGCACCUCCAUCCGCCUCUUUCACACCGAGACCCUGGAGCAUCUGCAAGAGAUCAAUAUCGCCACCAGGACCACCUUCCUCCUGCCAGGCCAGAAGAACUUGUGUGUCACCAGCCUCCUGAUCUGCCAGGGUCUGCUCUGGGUGGGCACUGACCAGGGUGUCAUCGUCCUGCUGCCCGUGCCUCGGCUGGAAGGCAUCCCCAAGAUCACAGGGAAAGGCAUGGUCUCACUCAACGGGCACUGUGGGCCUGUGGCCUUCCUGGCUGUGGCUACCAGCAUCCUGGCCCCCGACAUCCUGCGGAGCGACCAGGAGGAGACUGAGGGGCCUCCAGCCGAGGAGGACAAGCCAGACGGUCAGGUGCACGAGCCCAUGCCUGACAGCCACAUGGGCCGAGAGCUGACCCGCAAGAAAGGCAUCCUCCUGCAGUACCGCCUGCGCUCCACCGCGCAUCUGCCCGGCCCGCUGCUCUCCAUGCGGGAGCCAGGGCCCGCCGAUGGUGCAGCCCUGGAACACAGUGAGGAGGACGGCUCCAUCUACGAGAUGGCUGAUGACCCUGACGUCUGGGUGCGUAGCCGGCCCUGUGCCCGUGACGCCCACCGCAAGGAGAUUUGCUCCAUGGCCAUCAUCUCCGGCGGGCAGGGCUACCGCAACUUUGGCAGCGUGCUGGGCAGCAGUGGGAGGCCGGCCCCGUGUGGGGAGACGGACAGCACCCUCCUCAUCUGGCAGGUGCCCUUGAUGCUAUAGCCCCUCCACUCUCGAGCAGAGGGCACAGCUGCAGGCCUGACUGAGGCCAUGCCCCGCUCUCAUGCUGUAGGGCCCUGCGCGGGACCUGCGACGGGCCUGGAUUCUCCAGAAACUACUUGGGCAGAGCAAAGGAAAACCUCUUCUUUUUAAGAAAAAAAUUUUUCAGAGUGUUUUGGGGAGGAGUUUUAGGGUUUGGGUAGUGGGAGGACACGUCUGGAGGAAAUGGCCUUCUUUUUAAAAGCAAAAAACACAAAACCUCACAACUGCCUGGCAAGCCCAGCACUGCUUGUUCAGGCCCUAGCGGGUCUCCAAGGCAGCCACGCGCCCCUCCUGGAAGGGUGUGUGCAUGUGAGUGUGUGCGAGUGUGUGGGCUGGUGUGUGAAUAUCUAUAAAUACGUAUAUAUGCUGUAUAUUAUAUGUGUAUAAAUAAAAUCUGUACAUAUUGGAGCUCUGGGAGAUGCUGGAAUAAAAGACAAGAGUUACAUCCGAACUUGGA